GUUCAUUUGUAUCGUUGGGGGAUCGACGAAAAGAGGCGGCGAAGAGCACAAGAGGGACGGAGACGCCGAGCAAGGGAAAAGGCGAAGAUGAUCGAGGUGGUGCUGAAUGAUCGGCUGGGGAAGAAGGUGAGGGUGAAGUGCAACGAUGACGACACCAUCGGCGACCUCAAAAAGCUGGUGGCGGCGCAGACCGGCACCCGCGCCGACAAGAUCCGCAUCCAGAAGUGGUACAAUGUCUACAAGGAUCACAUCACCCUCAAGGACUACGAGAUCCACGACGGCAUGGGCCUCGAACUAUACUACAACUAAACCUGAAGGUGGGUUGGUUGAUCCAGACCAGACACUGGUGGGCUAAAUGAUGUAGUGCAACUCAAUGGAAUAUCAAUAAUUUCAUGUCUAUGAUAGGUGCAAUAAUUGACAACAGUUCACACUGUCUACUUGGUGUGAAAAACAAAAAAUGAAAAAUCUGUCUGAACAAGAAUGUCUCUUGGACAUAUGAGUAUCAUGUGGGUGGUUUCUUGACCUCUAGUCCAAUGUUUCCGUGGGUUUAUACUGUCUAAAUGUUUGCGUAGGCUAUCAAACAAGAUGGUGUUUAUGGACUCUGUUUCUUGAUUUUGCA